AUGGCGUCGACUAAUAAGAAGUUGCAAAAAAUUAUGACUCAGCCUAUAAACCAAAUUUUCAGAUUUUUCACGAACAAAACGGUGGUCCAAAUUUGGCUCUACGAUAAACCAGACACCCGCAUUGAGGGAAAAAUUCUGGGUUUCGAUGAAUACAUGAACAUGGUGCUAGACGAGUCCGCAGAAGUUUCAGUUAAGAAGAAAACGAGAAAAGACCUGGGCAAGAUUCUUCUCAAGGGGGACACCAUCACACUAAUAAUGGAAGCGUAA